UGCGGAUGGCCCAUUGAUACCCACGUGACAGGGCUUUACAGGCAGGAUGUUGAUGAUGAUGCUUCCCUCGGCUCUAACAGAGACGAGAAAUACCAGCAUAAUGUGAACUGGUGAUGCAUUAGUUAAAGGUUUAACGUUAAGUCAUCGCGGGAAGACAGCGGACAUGGCUGCCGGUGUCGUACUCUUCGUUGCGGUGAACCUCGUGUAUUUAUCUGCCUGUGGAAACUUGGUCUCCGGAGAAAGAUCGUUCUCUAUAGACUACAAAAACAACUGUUUCCUCAAAGAUGGGAAGCCCUUUCAGUACAUCUCAGGCAGUAUCCACUACUCCAGAAUCCCACAGUACUACUGGAAGGACCGUCUCGUGAAGAUGUACAUGACCGGACUCAACGCCAUCCAAGUAUAUGUGCCUUGGAACUUCCAUGAAGCGGUGGAGGGGGUCAACGACUUCACAGGGGACCGAGAUCUGGAGCGUUUUUUGGAUCUGGCCAAUCAGACCGGUCUACUGGUCAUUCUGCGUCCCGGACCGUACAUCUGUGCCGAGUGGGAAAUGGGCGGAUUGCCAGCUUGGCUACUUGAGAAACCAAACAUUAUACUUCGCUCCGCCGACGCAGAUUACAUGCAGGCAGUCAGCAACUGGCUCGCUGUUCUUCUUCCCAAAAUGAAGCCAUGGCUGUACAGCAACGGGGGCAACAUCAUAACCGUCCAGGUGGAGAACGAGUAUGGAAGCUACUUUGCGUGUGACUACAACUACCUGCGUCACCUGCGGACUCUGUUCCGCUUCUUUUUGGGGGAGGACACCGUCAUGUUCACCACUGAUGGAAACACGGACAAGGAAAUGAAGUGCGGGACUCUGGAGGGAUUGUAUGCCACAGUGGACUUUGGCACAGACACCGACAUAGCUAAAGCCUUCCGCCGGCAAAGAGCGUUUGAACCUCGAGGGCCCCUGGUGAACUCGGAGUUCUACACCGGCUGGUUGGACCACUGGGGAGAGCCGCACGCUGUGGUCGACGCGCAGAAGGUCAGCGGGGUGCUACAAGAAAUGCUGGUCAUGGGGGCCAACGUCAACAUGUACAUGUUUGAAGGAGGCACCAACUUUGGCUACUGGAACGGUGCCGAUCACGACACCGGGUUCCGCUCAGUAGUGACUAGUUACGAUUACGACGCCCCGCUGUCUGAAGCAGGAGACCCCACAGAGAAGCUGUCGGCCAUCAGAGACGUCAUAAAGCAGUUUAAAGACAUCCCCUCGGGCCCCAUGCCACCAGCAACUCCAAAGUUUGCCUACGGCUUUGUGACCCUCAAAAAGGUUGGCAACGUCAGCGGUCUGCUGGACACGCUCUCGCCUUCUGGGCCGGUGAAAUCGCAGCAUCCUCUGACGUUUGAAGAGAUGAAACAGUACUAUGGAUACAUGCUUUAUCGCACCACGUUGCCCCGGGACCUCUCAGAGCCAACGCCACUUAUCUCUCCGCUGAAUGGGGUUCAUGACCGUGCAUACGUGUCCGUCAAUGGGGUGUUCCAGGGUCUGUUGGAGAGAGACACGGUGCUGGUGUUGAACGUAACUGGACAGCAGGGAGACACCAUGGACAUCCUCGUUGAAAACAUGGGCCGGGUGAACUUUGGGAGCCAGAUCAAUGACCACAAGGGCCUCGUAAGUGACUUGAUCCUGGGUAAAGAUGUGCUGACUGACUGGCAAAUCUACCCUUUGGACAUUGAUGGAGCCAUUGCUGGAGGAUGGCCUCAUUCAGGCGGUCGUACGUCCUUCCCCGUCCCCCAAAGAGACCCUUCAGUUGGACCGGUCUUGUACAUGGGGACCUUACAGCCCAACGGCCUGGCCCGGGACACCUUCCUCAAGCUCACCGAGUGGACAAAGGGCCAAGUGUGGAUUAAUGGUAUGAACCUGGGACGAUACUGGCAGCCAAGAGGCCCUCAACAGACUCUUUAUGUCCCCGGGCCCCUGCUCAGCACUACCCUUCCCAACAACAUCACAGUGCUGGAGCUGGAGGGGGCCCCAGUACAGCGACGGGUUCUCUUCAUGGACCGGCCUCAGUUCACUGUCAAAAGGUCCAAACAGAGCUCGCCAUCGCUGCCUUCUCCAACAUUCAGCUGA